AUGGACUCCGCCUUCGAGGACCGGCGUCACCAGCCAGUGGACAACACCAUUCGCGCCCUCCGUAGAAAGAAGAAGGCCCCAGACAUCGACUUGACAAUCUAUACCAUGGAGGAUGGCACCACAGUUAGCACCAUGGAGCGAGUCUGCAAGGACGUCCAGGCCCCCGCCAUAUUCACUCCCACGGAGGAGCAAUUCUACUCCGACAAGUCCAAGUCCAAGCCAGAUAUCAAUUUCCUCAGGCAGCACCUUUAUCACGAGGGCCGCUUGACUGAAGAGCAGGCUCUCUUCAUCCUGCGGAAAGGUACCGAGGUGUUACACGCUGAGCCUACCCUUCUCGAAAUAGAAGCCCCUGUCACCGUGUGUGGUGACGUCCACGGCCAAUACUACGACCUACUAAGGCUCUUCGAGGUCGGCGGCGAUCCAGACCAGACUCGCUACCUAUUCCUUGGCGACUACGUUGAUCGUGGUUAUUUUAGUAUCGAGUGUGUUCUGUAUCUAUGGUCGCUCAAGAUCUGUUACCCUAAGUCGAUCUGGCUCCUCCGCGGCAACCACGAAUGCCGUCAAUUGACCGACUAUUUCACUUUUAAGCUGGAGUGCAGACAUAAAUACUCCGAAGCCGUCUACGAAGCAUGCAUGGAAUCAUUCUGCAGCUUACCUUUGGCGGCCGUCAUGAACCAGCAAUUCUUGUGUAUUCAUGGUGGUCUUAGUCCCCAACUCCACACCCUUGAUGACUUGAGAAACAUCGAUCGGUUUAGAGAGCCGCCAACACAGGGCCUCAUGUGUGACGUUCUGUGGGCUGACCCCGUCCAAGACUUCGGCCAGGAAAAGACGAACGAUUACUUCCUCCACAACCGUGUCCGCGGCUGUUCGUAUAGUUUCUCGUAUCCUGCUGCCUGCGCUUUUCUCAAAAGGAAUAACUUGCUCAGCAUUAUUCGCGCCCACGAGGCCCAGGAUGCCGGGUAUAGAAUGUAUCGCAAAACCCAAGCCACUGGUUUCCCUAGUCUUAUAACUAUUUUCUCAGCACCCAACUAUAUUGACUACUAUAACAAUAAGGCUGCUAUCCUCAAGUACGGGGACAAUGUUUUAAACAUUCGCCAGUUUAACUGCGUGCCGCACCCGUUUCGGUUGGCUAACUUUAUGGACGCGUUUUCAUGGUCGCUGCCGUUUGUGGGUGAGAAGAUGACGGAUAUGUUAAUGGCCAUUCUGAACACUUGCUCAGAGGAGGAACUGAAGGACGAGACUCCUUCACCUGCUUCCCUGAGGUCAGUGUCGCCGCUCGUUUCUGUUAGCCUCGACGAUCCCGACUCGAUAGAGUUCAAACGCAAGGCCAUUAAGAAUAAAAUUUUGGCCAUUGGACGAAUGUCUCGCGUGUUCCGCGUUCUACGCGAAGAUGCAGAGAAAGUCAGCGAGCUUAAGACUGCGUCUGGCGGUCGACUGCCUGCGGGUACGCUGAUGCUCGGUGCCGAGGAAAUACAAACCGCUAUUCAUUCCUUUGACGAUGCUAGAAAGGCUGACUUGCAUAAUGAAAGCUUGCCACCGAGCCGCGAGGAGAUUGUACAGCAUAAGGAUGAGGAGCGCGCUGCGGUGAUGCAGAAGGUUGUAGACGAGACGGAAAACGACGAGAAGUUACAGCAACUGUCACAGAGUCUGGGAUCUUGA